AUGUUCAUGCCUGUAGCUACUCAAGCUUCUCUCAAGGGCAUCACUCCUCAACAGCUAGAAGAGACUGGCUGCAGACUAUGUCUUAACAAUACAUAUCACCUGGGACUGAAGCCAGGCCAGGAGGUUCUUGACGCCAUUGGUGGCGCACACAAAUUUCAGGGCUGGAAACAUAAUCUGUUAACAGAUAGUGGAGGUUUCCAGAUGGUCAGUUUGUUAAAGCUGGCAAAGAUCACUGAGGAAGGCGUCCGCUUUCUGAGCCCACACGAUGGAUCUCCUAUGCUCCUCACACCGGAACACUCAAUAUCCCUGCAAAACACUAUAGGAAGCGAUAUCAUUAUGCAGCUUGACGACGUGUUGGUCACGACUUCACCAGACAAGGUUCGGAUGCGUGAAGCAAUGGAACGCAGUGUACGCUGGUUGGACAGAUGCAUAACAGCGCACAAAAAACCUGACAGCCAGAACCUAUUCUGUAUCAUACAAGGCGGUUUGGACCUGGAGAUGCGAAGAGAAUGUUGUAAGGAGAUGCUGGCUCGGAAUACGCCUGGUAUCGCGAUUGGUGGACUGAGUGGCGGAGAGGCAAAGGCUGAUUAUUGCCGUGUCGUCGAAGCAUGCACGGCCCUCUUACCAGACCUGAAGCCUAGAUAUGUCAUGGGGAUCGGAUAUCCUGAGGAUCUGGUUGUCAGCGUAGCUCUUGGAGCCGACAUGUUUGACUGUGUUUGGCCGACUCGAACAGCCCGAUUUGGCAACGCCAUUACAAAGCAUGGCGUCUUGAACAUUCGAAAUGCCAAGUAUGCAAACGACUUUGGGCCGAUAGAACCUGGUUGUGAAUGCAUGUGCUGCAGGCAAGGAGAGGGCGGCAUGGGCAUCACCAGAGCAUAUGUCCAUCACAAUACGUCCAAAGAGACUGUUUCGGCGCAUUUGCUGACGAUGCACAAUGUUUGGUAUCAGCUGAAUUUGAUGAGGGAGGUACGGCAGGCGAUCAUCGAAGAUCGGUUUCCGGCAUAUAUUCGACAGUUCUUCGCGGACCUGUACGAAAGCAAGACUGAUUAUCCCGACUGGGCGGUGGAAGCAUUGAAGCAAGUGAGCGUAGAUUUGACGGUAGAAGGUUAA